GGCUCGCGGCAGGCGCUGGCAGUGCGGCCCCGGCGCGCGGCCCGCAGACAUGGACGACUCCGCGCUGCUGCGCCUGCUCGCGGAUGUCAACCAUUUUUUGUCCGAGACGCUUGCAGAAGAAGAACUUUCAGCUGCAGCUGAGGAGGAAAAGGAAUCUCUGAUACGUGAGAUAACAACACAUCUUUCCCCACCAGCUCCACCAAUGACACCACCACCAUAUUUGGACAUGAACGGAGGCUCAAGGAGUGGCGGGAUGGCGGUGGAGGAGUACGUGGACUCCGAUGCGACGGGCGCGCUGGAGGAGACCGCGUGUUACGAGGAGUUCCCCAGCGAGGUGGACGGCGGCGGCGGCGGCGGCGACUGCGGGCGCGUGAGCGGGCCGCUGGUGCGCUGGGAGCGCCGCUUCCUGCUGGGCCACGCGCAGCGCUGCUGGGCGUCGCUGGCCGGAGGCCGCCUGCUGCUCUACCCGGGCCGCGGCGCCGCCAGCGCCAAGCCCAGCCUCGCGCUCUGCCUGCGCGGCUACCGCGCGCGCCCCGCCUGCUCCAGCCUCGUGCGCGCCUCCAGGAAGCGGGACACUCACUUCGAGAUCGUCUGUCCUGGCAAGAAGACUUACCAGUUCAUUGCUCCAAGUGCCAAGGAAAUGGAACAGUGGGUAACUGCGAUAUGCCUGGCUGGGGAGCAGGAGCAGUCUUCAGUUUCUCCACUCAGCGCUGACCAGGAGCUGUACGAUGAUGUAAAUGCAAAGCCCGCAAAUAACCACGAGCAAGAAGAAAUCUAUCACGUUAUUUCAGACAUCUCUGGUAGUGACAGUGUUACAGUCCCAUCGAGGAAACCAGUGCCUUUACCAACAUGUCGAUCCCCUGAACAAAAUUCAGUUUAUGACGAUGUCUCUUUCCGUUCGGAAGAAUCGACAUAUUACAAUCUUGUGGGCCAAGGCUUUAGAGACAGUGGUCCUUAUGAAGAAGAGAUUUAUGAUGAUAUUGGUAACUUUGAAAGAGUGGGAAGUGUGAGACCUUCUCCUACGAAAGAGACAAGUAAAGUGGAAAGUUCGAAAGCUUCUCCUACUAAGGAGACAAACAGUGGUAGCCAAAUUCAACAACUGAUACAGAAAAUGGAAAAAUCUUUCAGUAAUAGGAAACUUCCAUUAAUGAAACAGCAAAUUUUUCACCCGGUGAAGCUACCAUCAGAGGGUGAUACAGGCGGAGAGCUGUACGAACCUGUGGAACACAUAGACAACCAGACCACUAGUCAAUUUGCCCCGCAGUUACCUCCAAGAUCUCAUUCCGCCUAUACUUAGCGAGGCCUCAGGCAAACUACCUGUGUAUGAACACACAACAUUUCAAUAAUACUUACCCUUCAAAACGGUGCCAAAAAUUUAUCUUAUUCUCAUAUUUUUCACACGCUCCAAAAUGCUCAUUCAAACGGACUGGAUAUCUCCAUGAUUAUAUUUUCUAAGCCUCAUGCUUGUCUGAAAAUUUUAGAGUAAUUAUAAUGUCCCAUUCUUCCCUUACGAAGAAAACAGGAUAUAAAUAUUUAAUAUUGAGACAAUAAGCCUUUAUUUAUGUGAAGUAGUAUUAAUGUGAACCGUUUUAAAUCUUUUUUAUGUAAUUACUGUAAGUAUUUUUUUCAAACUGAAAAACUAUGUUUCUGUUUGUGAUUUCUACAAAUGUAUCUGUAGAAGAACUGGAAAAAUACUCUGUUUAUGGAAACGUCAUUACAUAGUACCCAAUAUGUUUAAACGGAGGAAUAAUUUGGAUUUUUCAGUUCAUUUUUAUUUUUGUAAGUAUUGUCCAUAGUUCGUUUGUAGUAAUUUAUUUUAUUUACAAAGUUUUUGUGUUGUCCUAGAUUAAGGAUAAAGAAAUGUACAAUACAGGUUACAUCA